AUGUUCAAUGGCAGGCGUUGCCUACUGGUUCGUCAAUCUUUCUUUGACAAUAAUCUGAGGAACUUCACUGACGUUGGAGGAGGAGUUCUUGGAUGUCGAGGAUUCCACUCGAGUUUCCGAACCUCUCAGGGAGGCUUGCCUUUGAACGUAGACGUAUCUACAACCAUGAUAAUUCAGCCUGGUCUUGUGGUAGACUUUCUUAUUGCAAACCGAAAUGUGAAGGACCCCUUUUCUAUUGACUUGGCAAAGUCUACUUCCCCUGUCACUAUCAAGAGAAUUUCAUAUUAUGAAGUACUAAAUGCUACAAAUAAAAUUGGGGAAGAGAAUCUGAUUGGCAAAGGCAGUAUUGGUUCAGUUUACAAAGGAAUAUUUUCAGACAAAAUGAUUGUUGCUAUUAAGAUUUUUAAUCUGGAUUUGGAAGGUGCAAACCACAGUUUUGAUACUGAGUGCAAAAUAUUGUGCAACAUUCUUCAUAGAAAUCUUGUCAAGGUAAUUAGCAGCUGCUCUAAGCUUGAUCUUAAAGCCUUGGUGAUGGAAUAUAUGCCUAAUGGAAACCUUACCAAAUGGCUGUCUUCGAGCUACUAUUUCCUAAAUUUAGCUCAGAGAUUGGAAAUAAUGAUCGAUGUGGCAUCUGCGCUAGGGUAUCUACAUUAUGGGUAUCCCUAUCCAAUUGUCCAUUGUGAUUUGAAGCCGAGCAACAAACUUUUAGAUGAAGAUAUGGUUGCCCAUGUUGCAGACUUUGGCAUUGCCAAGCUUUUCACUGAAGACCAGAGAAUUUUGAUUACCAAGACGUUGGGCACCAUUGGAUAUAUGCUCCAGAAGCCAACAGAUGAUAUGUUUGUCGGAGAGUUCACAAUGAGGAAAUGGGUGCUUGAAUCAUUCCCAAAUGAAAUAAUGCACAUAGUAGAUGUCGAUUUAGUGAAUGCUGCUGAAGAUAAUAUUCGAGUUAAGGAGAGCUGCUUCAAAUUAAUAAUGGAAGUAGCACUAGAAUGCACGACUGAUUUGCCCGAGGAGAGGCACAAUGCUAAAGAUGUUCUAACAAGGCUCAAGAAGAUUAAAACUUAA